AUGAUUUUAAAAUCUUUUAUACUAGGGAAUCUAGUAUCCUUAUGCAUGAAGAUAAUCAAUUCGGUCGUUGUGGUCGGACUCUAUUAUGGAUUUCUGACCACAUUCUCCAUAGGGCCCUCUUAUCUCUUCCUUCUCCGAGCUCGGGUUAUGGAAGAAGGAGAAGAAGGAACCGAGAAGAAAGUAUCAGCAACAACCGGUUUUAUUACGGGACAGCUCAUGAUGUUCAUAUCGAUCUAUUAUGCGCCUCUGCAUCUAGCAUUGGGUAGACCUCAUACAAUAACUGUCCUAGCUCUACCGUAUCUUUUGUUUCAUUUCUUCUGGAACAAUCACAAACACUUUUUUGAUUAUGGAUCUACUACCAGAAAUUCAAUGCGUAAUCUUAGCAUUCAAUGUUUAUUCCUGAAUAAUCUCAUUUUUCAAUUAUUCAACCAUUUCAUUUUACCAAGUUCAAUGUUAGUCAGAUUAGUCAACAUUUAUAUGUUUCGAUGCAACAACAAGAUGUUAUUUGUAACAAGUAGUUUUGUUGGUUGGUUAAUUGGUCACAUUUUAUUCAUGAAAUGGGUUGGGUUGGUAUUAGGCUGGAUACAUCAAAAUAAUUCUAUUAGAUCUAAUGUACUUAUUAGAUCAAAUAAGUACCUUGUGUCAGAAUUGAGAAAUUCUAUGGCUCGAAUCUUUAGUAUUCUCUUAUUUAUUACCUGUGUCUACUAUUUAGGCAGAAUACCGUCACCCAUUGUUACUAAGAAACUGAAAAAAACCUCAGAAACGGAAGAAAGGGGGGGAAGUGAGGAAGAAACAGAUGUAGAAAUAGAAACAACUUCCGAAACGAAGGGGACUAAACAGGAACAAGAGGGAUCCACCGCAGAAGAUCCUUCCCCUUCCCCUUUUUCGGAAGAAAAGGAGGAUCCGGACAAAAUCGAUGAAACGGAAGAGAUCCGAGUGAAUGGAAAGGAAAAAACAAAGGAUGAAUUCUACUUUAAAGAGACACGCUAUAAAAAUAGACCCGCUUAUGAAACUUAUUAUCUGGAUGGGACUCAAGAACAAGAAAAUUCGAAGUUACAAAUAUUUAAAGAAAAAAAGGAUCUCUUCCAAUUUGAAAAACCGGUUGUAGCUAUUCUUUUCGACCCUAAACGAUGGAAGCGCCCCUUACGAUAUAUAAAAAACAAUCGAUUUGAAAAUGCUGUAAGAACUGAAAUGUCACAAUAUUUUUUUUAUACAUGUCAAAGUGAUGGAAAAGAAAGAAUAGCUUUUACGUACCCCCCCAGUUUGGCAACUUUUUUGGAAAUGAUGCAAAGAAAGACAUCUCUGUUCCCAAAGGAAAAAGCCCCCUCUAAUGAAUUUUAUAAUCAGUGGAGUUAUACCAAUGAACAUAAACAGAAAAAUAUAAGCAAAAAUUUUAUAAAUAGAGUAAAAACCCUAGAUAAAAACCUAGCUCAAACUCUCACUAAAGAAUCUGUUGUUUUGAAUGUACUCGAAAAAAGAACUCGGUUGUGUAAUGAUAAGACUAAAAAAGAAUAUUUACCAAAAAUAUACGAUCCUUUCUUAAAUGGACCCUAUCGUGGACGAAUCAAAAAAUUGUUUUCACUAUCAAUUAAAAAUGAAAUUUCUAGUUCUAGAAAAAAUUAUAUGGAAAGGUUUUUGAUAAAUAAGAUUCAUAGUAUCCUUCUUAUUAUUAAUCGCCUAGAAUUUGAACAAAAACUAAAUCUAUUUGAUAGAAAAACAUAUGUAAAGCAAAUGGAUUAUUUAUUGAACUUAAUCAAUGAAUUUGCUGUAAAAUCAACAUCAAGUUUAAAUUUUAAAAGACCUUUUUUAGUUCCUGAACACGAACAAGUAAGAAUUGAUUCAGAAGAUAGAAUCAAAAUUUUCAAAUUUUUAUUUGAUGCAGAUAUAACUCUUCCAAAUGAGAAAACGAUAAAAAAAAAAUCUAUUGCACUAAAAGAAAUCCAUAAAAAAGUCCCUCGAUGGUCAUACAAAUUAAUUAACGAUUUGGAACAACAGGAGGGAGAAAACCCGGAAAGUGGAGUAGAAAAUCAUCAGAUUCGCUCAAGAAAAGCAAAACGUGUAGUUAUUUUUACUGAUAACCAACAGAAUACUGAUACUUAUAGUAAUACCCAAGAAACUAAUAAUACUGAUCAACCAGACGAAGUAGCUUUGAUACGUUAUUCACAACAAUCGGAUUUUCGUCGAGACCUAAUCAAAGGCUCUGUGCGUGCUCAAAGACGUAAAAUAGUUACUUGGAAAUUCUUUGAGGCAGAUGUGCAUUCCCCCCUCUUUUUGGACCGAAUAGAUAAAUCCCCCAUUUUUUCUUUUGAUAUUUCCGAACGUAUAAACCUAAUUUUGAGAAAUGGUAUGUGGACAAACACAGAACUCAAAAUUUCGGAUUCUAAAGAGAAAACUACAGAAGAAAGUGAGAAAAAAAGAGAAGAGUAUAAAAAAGAGGAAGCCAAAAGAAAGGAAAAGGUACGUAUAGAAAUAGCGGAAGCCUGGGAUAGUAUUUUACUUGCUCAAGUAAUAAGAGGUUUUUUGUUAGUAACCCAAUCGAUUCUUAGAAAAUAUAUUAUAUUGCCUUCAUUGAUAAUAGUUAAAAACACCGCCCGUAUGCUAUUGUUUCAAUUUCCCGAAUGGUCCGAGGAUUUUAAAGAUUGGAAUCGAGAAAUGUAUGUUAAAUGCACCUAUAACGGUGUUCAAUUAUCAGAAAAAGAAUUUCCAAAAAACUGGUUAACAGACGGUAUUCAGAUUAAAAUCCUAUUUCCUUUUCGUCUGAAACCUUGGCAUAGAUCUAACCCACGAGCCCCUUAUAACGAUCCAAUGAAAAAUAAAGAUUCAAAAAAUGAUUCUUGUUUUUUAACAAUUUUUGGAAUGGAAGCGGAAUUCCCUUUUGAUUCUCCCAGAAAACAACAUUCAUUUUUUGAACCCAUUUUUAAAGAACUCAAAAGAAAAAUUAGAAAAUUGAAAAAUAAAUUCUUUCUAAUUCUAAAAAUUUUUAAAGAAAAAACAAAAUUGUUUCUAAAUGUUUCAAAAGAAAUAAAAAAAUGGGUCAUUAAAAGGAUUCUAUUUUUAAAAGAAAUAAAAAAAGAACUCUCAAAAAUAAAUCAAAUUCUAUUAUUAUUAUUUGGAUUGAGAAAAAGAAAAGUAUAUGAAUUGAGUAAAACUAAAAAAGAUUUGAUAAUAAGUAAUCUGAUGAUUCAUGAAUCGUCCGUUGAAACUAUACCAUCGUCCAUUGAAACUAUACCUCAGAAUUGGACAAAUUAUUCGUUGACAGAAAAAAAAAUGCAGGAUCUAACGGAUAGAACAAACACGAUCAUAAAUCAAAUAGAAAAAAUUACAAAUGAAAAAAAGGGCGGAUUUCUAAUUCCGGAUCGAAAUAUUCAUUCUAACAAAAACAAAAUAAGUGAUGAUGAUAAAAGGUUGGAAUCACAAAAAAAUAUUUGGCAGAUAGUAAAAAGAAAAAAUGCUCGACUAAUACGCAAAUCACAUUUUUUUAUAAAAUUUUUCAGUGAAAGGAUAUACACAAAUAUCUUUCUGUGGAUCAUUCAUAGUCCUAGGAUCAAUACACAACCAUUUCUUGAAUCAAUAAAAAAAAUUCUUAAUAAAUACAUUACCAAUAAUGAAACAAAUCAAGAAAAAAUGGAUAAAACAAAUCAAAGUUUAAUUCACUUUAUUUCGACUAUAAAAAAGGCAGUAUAUAAUACGAAUAUUAGUAAUAAGAAUUCAAAUACUUUUUGUGACUUAUCCUACUUUUCACAAGCCUAUGUAUUUUACAAACUUUCACAAACCCAAUUUCUUAAUUUCGAUUUUUAUAAGUUAAAAUCUGUCUUUCAAUAUAAUGGAGCAGCCCCAUUUAUUAAGAAUGAAAUAAGGGGUUAUUUUGUUGGAACACAAGAACUUUUUCUUUCUCAAUUAAGACAUAAGAAUCGUCAGAAUUCUGGAAUAAGUCAAUGGAUAAAUUGGUUAAGGAAUCAUUAUCAAUAUGAUAUAUCUCACAUUAGGUGGUCUAGACUAGUACCACAAAAAUGGCGAAAUAGAUUCAAUCACCACUGGAUGAAUCAAAAUAAGGAUUUAGGCAACUCAUCUAAAAAAAUGAAAUUUAGUCACUACGAAAAACGAAAAAUUUUUGAAAUGGCUUUAUUACUGGAUGAAAAAGAGAAUUUUAAAAAACAAUAUAGAUAUGAUCAGUUAGCAUAUAAAUCUAUUAAUUCUGAAGAUACGAAGUACUCUUCAAUUUAUGAAUUCUCAUUACACGUAAAAAAUAACCAAGAAGUUUUUUCGAAUUCCAACACAAAUAAACGAAAAUCUUUUUAUAUGAUGGAAGGUAUUCCUAUUAUCCCUAUAAAUAAUGAUCGAGUACAAGAUGGUAUUAGAGAUAUGGAGAAAAAUCUGGAUAGAAAAUAUUUUGAUUGGAGAAUUAUCCAUUUUUGUCUUAGAAACAAAAUAGAUAUCGAAGCUUGGAUGAAUAUUGAUACUGACCCAAGCAGUAAUAAAAAAUCUACUAAGGCUAAAUUUAAUAAUUAUCAAAUAAUUGAGAAAAUAAAAAAGCAAAAUUUUUUUUAUCUCACGAUUCAUCAAGAUCAAGAAAUUAAUUUAUCCAAUCAAAAAAGUUUUUUGGAUUGGAUGGGAAUGAAUGAAGAAAUAUUAAAUCACCCCAUAUCAAAUCUUGAACGUUGGUUCUUCCCAGAAUUUUUGAUAUUUUAUAAUUUGUAUAAAACUAAACCGUGGGUUAUACCAAAAAAAUUACUUCUUUUAGAUUCUAAUAUAAAUGAAAACGCUACUGAUAUUGAAAACAAAAGCAUUGCUGGAAAUAAAAAAAAAGAUACUUUUAUAUCAAUACCCUCCAAUGAAAAAAAAUCUCUUGAAUUAAAAAAACGAAAUAAAGAGCAAAAAGAAUCCGUGUACCAAGCAAACCUUGAAUCUACUCUUUCAAACCAAGAAAAAGAUGUUGAAGAAGAUUAUACGGACUCGGACAUGAAAAAACAUAAUAAUAAAAAGCAAUACAAGAACAAUACAAAAACAAAAGCGGAGUUUGAUUUCUUACUAAAAAGGUAUUUUCAUUUUCAAUUGCGAUGGGAUGAUAUUUUAAAUAAAAAAAUAAUCAAUAACAUCAAAGUAUAUUGUCUCCUGCUUAGACUGAUAAAUCCACGAGAAAUAACUAUAUCCUCUAUUCAAAGGGGAGAAAUGAGUCUUGAUAUUCUGAUGAUUCAAAAAAAUUUAACUCUUACGGAAUUCAUCAAAAGAGGAAUUUUGAUUAUUGAACCAAUUCGUCUAUCUAUAAAAAAUGAUGGGCAAUUUAUUAUGUAUCAAACCAUUGGUAUUUCAUUGGUUCAUCAAAGUAAACACAAAAUUAAUCAAAAAUACCGAGAAAAAACCGAUGUUGAUAAGAAUUCUGAUGAAGUCAUUACCAAAUAUAAAAAGAUGACUGGAAAUAGAGAUAAAAAUCAUUAUGAUUUGUUUGUUCCUGAAAAUCUUUUAUCACCGAGACUUCGGAGAGAAUUUAGAAUUCUAAUUUGUUUCAAUUUUAGGAAUAGAAAUGAUAUCCAUAAAAAUUCAGCAUUAGGGAAUGGGAAUAAGGUAAACCAUCAGGUUUUGGAUAAAAGCAAAGGAUAUAAAAGGAAACUGAUUAAAUUAAAGUUAUUUCUGUGGCCCAAUUAUCGAUUAGAAGAUUUAGCUUGUAUGAAUCGGUAUUGGUUUGAUAGCAAUAACGGCAGUCGUUUCGGUAUGGUAAGGAUACACAUGUAUCCGCGAUUGAAAAUUCAUUAA